AUGCAAAUAUUAAAGCAAGGUCCAAUUUACAAAUAUACACAAAAAGGCAAGUGGAAUGAUGUUUGGUUUCUAUAUGCAUACGAAGCUGGUCGACCGCAAUUAAUGAUUUAUAAGGAUUCAAGUGCAAAAAAAGUGAUCGGACAGAAGAUUGAUAUGGCCAAAGCUGCAGAAAUGAUCCGAUUCGGAAGCACUUCUCGAGCACUGGUGCCACAACCAGAUCCUAGUUGUAAAGAUAUUCGUAUCUGUGAAGGAGGCUACAUUGUCCUUCAUGUCGAAACAACGAUCAAAAAAACCACCGAAAUCCGGGCAAUAUGGCUUUGUGCACUUUCUAUUCUUGAUAUGUAUGAUUUGGUGAAGGUGGGCGAUAACUUAUGUGAAUUAGUGCACUCAAAGUGUUUAACAAUGAUGCAAUUUGAAGCUCCGAUAUUUGACACGAACGACUCAACUUGCUCGCUGCAUAAAUAUUCGCCAAUCCCAUUUCAUCCCGAAUCAGACUGGGAAAAAAGUGCGAGUAUUGACGAAUUGUCGGAUAAGAAAACCGUGAAAAUACUAAAAAAGAAGAAGGACAAAAAUUCCUCAAAAAGUUUAUCAACUCUUCAUGAAAUUUCAAUGACCUGCAAAAGCAGUUGUUCCGGCGUAUCGAAGCUAUUUAUGAAACCAGUUCGUGUUUUCUCACUACGACGAAACUCCGAGAUUGGUGAUAGGCCACCUAUUGCUCCAAAACCUGAUUGCCUAAAAAAAAUGAUGAGCGUCUCAAAUUAUGACCAUUUGGCCACAGAUAUCACAGUUUCACCUGUUCCGAUGGAGCGCCAACCAUUGAUAAAUUCGAUUCAUACUAUUAACCACUUGCCACCUGUAGCAUCAACACGGACAGCAUUUAAUAGUGUAAAGGUUCAAACAGAAAUGACAAUGAUCGGUACGAAUUCAAUGUAUGAAACACGAUUUGUUGAAAAUCCUCCUUCUAUCAAGGAAUAUUUCGAUGAGAAUAAUAUGUAUUUAAAACAACGUGUGGAUGAACUGCAUCGUCAUGAGGAAAAUAAGGAGAAAACUGCGGAGGAACAACUGGAAAAAAAGAUAGAAUUAAAAGAAACAACAAUCAGUAGUGGUUUCCUGAAGGAAGGAGAAGAUGAGACAUGUGACUUAGUCACAGCCACUCGUCCAUUCUGCAUAACAUGGAACUUUACUUUUUAUCUUGUGCGUUUAAUGAAUGCAACGCUUCGUCUGAUCGGUCAAAAUCUGAUUCUAUUUCGAAAGCAUUUUCAAUCAGAAUUUGCGUUAAUCGAGCCAAAAAGCAUCGAAUUUAUCAACGAUAAUAUGAAAAUGAUUGCGGUUGAACUUUCAGAAUAA